AUGCGGCGCGGCGGCGGCGGCGGGAACGGCAGCGAGGGCGAGCCCGAGUGGCCGUGGCCGUGGCCGCCCUGCGACGAGCGGCUGUGCCUGGCGCUGCCCAUGUGGGUGCUCGUUCCCAUCACGGCCGUCUGCCUGGGGCUCUUCGUGGUCGGCGUGGCGGGCAAUGUCCUCACGGUGCUGGUCAUCCGCAGCUACCGCGACAUGAAGACCACCACCAACCUCUACCUGGGCAGCAUGGCCGUCUCGGACCUGCUCAUCCUCAUGGGGCUGCCCUUCGACCUCUACCGCCUGUGGCGCUCCCGACCCUGGAUCUUCGGGCAGCUGCUGUGCCGCCUCUCGCACUACCUGAGCGAGGGCUGCACCUACUGCACCAUCCUGCACAUCACCGCCCUCACCGUGGAGCGCUACCUCGCUAUCUGCUUCCCCCUCAAGGCCAAGGUGGUCGUCACCAAGCGCCGGGUGAAAGCCAUCAUCGGCGUCCUUUGGGCCUUCGCCUUGCUCUCCGCAAGCCCCUUCUUCUUCCUGGUCGGCGUGGAGCAGCCCGACAACCACACUGACUUCAGCCGCGAGUGCAAGCCCACCCCGCAGGCGCUGCAGUCCGGCCUGCUGGCCACCAUGUUCUGGGUCACCACCUGCUACUUCGUGCUGCCCGUCACCUGCCUCAGCGUCCUCUACGGCUGCAUUGGCCGCGAGCUGUGGCGGAGCAACACCCGCCUGCGGGGCCCCAGCUCGCUGCUCCGGGAGAAGGGGCACCGCCAGACUGUCAGGAUCUUGGCUGUGGUGGUUCUGGCCUUUGUAAUUUGCUGGUUGCCUUUCCACAUUGGCAGGAUCAUAUUUAUCAACACCCGGGACAUGAGGACGAUGCUGUUCUCCCAGUACUUUAAUAUAUUCGCCCUGCAGCUUUUCUACCUGAGCGCAUCCAUCAACCCUGUCCUCUACAACCUCGUUUCCAAGAAGUACAGGGCGGCAGCCUGCAGGCUGCUGCUGCCACAGCGAGCUGCACAAAGGGCUCUCACGGGAACAAAGGACGCUGGGGGCUACACAGAGACCAGCACAAGGCACGACUACACCACCAGCUUCUGAGGCUGCAGCCCGCGCUUCUUCGGGCAUUCUCGCCUAAGGAAGGGAACUUCCUUCUCUCGGGACAGUCGCAAAAGGAUGGACAUUUGUUAGGGCAUGUGGUGUUUCAUAACUGUCUUCUUGUGGGAUACCUGGAGUUUUGGUAACAGAGCCAGCAGGCACCACGAAGUACGGAGAAUGAAGGAGCACUUGUUGGGAGGUGUAAUGGGUAAAAUUCCCAGACAGCCUUCACCAUUUUAAAAUGGUUUUCUCAUAAACGAGAUUUUACAAAACACAGUCUCACAAGGAGAUGGACGCCAAAAAAAUCACCCACCAAGCUUAACAGCCGUGGAAGAAGAGGCGUAUGCUUUUAGCACUUGGUCUUGUAAUCAUAAAGCGGACAUUCCUGGGCAGUUUCACUAAUUUCCUUAGGAAAGCAUAUGCUGCACACAGCAGUCUCUGGGCUUAGCCCUGUUUGAUCCCACAGGAUCAAAUAAGGUCUUUUACUUAUAUAUUAACAACUUGUUGUAAAACUUGUGAUAUUCCAGAUCAAUUCCCUUAGGAUAGAUGAGCAGUGUUUGGUAAUUGGUAGCAGUGUGUCUCCACAUUGUGCAUUGCAUUUGCAAAUAAUACACCAAAUAAACCCGCCUUGUCACAAACAAGAUCCAUCACUAAAUGUGCUGGACUAUGCCCAGGACUUCAUGCUGCAUAACACUGCACUGCAAGUCAAAAUUCAACUCACUAAUUCUGCUCCAAAAGAUUUUAAUGGGAAAUUUCAACUGUACAACUUAGGAAGGAGGUUAGUUGUGAGGAAGAGCUAGAAGAAGCUGCAGCAGUGCAGCAGUGUUUUCUGUGGAGGAUCAUUGCCUCUGUACAUUUUACUUGUUACAUUAUUGGCUCUAGUGGUGUAAAUCUGGACCAAAAUCAGUGAUGUGGCACUGCUCUUAUGAGAGCAUCACUGUCCAUGCUUGCCCUUAGUUCUCUGUUAACUUCUCCCUUCAGGCAGUUGUAGAGAGUGAUACAAUCCCCUCUGAGCCUCCUUUUGUAUAGGCUAAACACUCCAUCUCCCUCAGCUGCUCCUGAGUUGUGUUCCAGAGUCUUUACCAGCUCCACUGCCCUUCUCUGGACAUGCUCCAGCAACUCAAUGUCCUUCUUGUAGUGAGGGGCCCAGAACUGGACACAGGAUUUGAGGAAUAAAGCCACGCAAGUGCUGAGUAUGAGGGGACAAUCCCUGCCCUGUCCUGCUGGCCACACUGUUGCUGAUCCAGGCCAGGAUGCCAUUGGCCUUCUUGGCCCCUGGGCACACUCUGGCUCAAGUUCAGCUGCUGCUGACCAGCACCCCAGGUGUUUUCUGCUGGGCCACUUUGCAGCCACUCUUCCCUAGGCCUGUGUCACUGCCCGGGGCUGCUGUGGCCAAAAUACAGGACCCAGCAUUGGCCUUAUUGAGCCUCAGCCCAUCAAGCCAGCCUGCCCAGAUAAAUUCAACAGAAUUCAACAGCUAGCUCAGAGAUCUCAGCAGCAAAGUUGAACCCAAGUCUUCUCCAAGUUUUAAAAAUAUGACCAGUUAUCCAUUAAAGAGUCUGUAACUCUGAAUCACUGAACAAAAACUAAAAAAAAUCUAAAGACAGAAAAAAAAAAUCUAUCUCAACUGCAUACACAUAAGGUUUUCUUUUCCUAUCAGCUUCAUACCGGUGGAGAGCAGUUGUCUGCAAGGCUUCAGUUAGGUUGCUUUUGCUGAGAGGUGACAUUAAGAUGUUCAGUUAUCAUAAAGAAACAGCUGGUUUUGGGGGGGAUUUGGACAAAUUAUUAUGAACAGUAAUCUCCGUAUGUGUAUGUAGACCAAAGCAGGGAAAAAAGGUUUAUCACAUAGUUAUGUGGCCAUGGAACUGCUUGUGCAUGCCUGCAGUCUCCUGAUAAUGGCUUUGCCUUUAUCAAUUGCUGCUAAAUUGCACUGGGGGUGAAACACUUGCUCAUCAGAAAUUUCCCCAAAAGCAAUUGCAUAGGUCCCCGAAGCACAAGACUAGUGGAGGAAGGAGGGAAAUGCCCUGGUGGGCUGCUGCCCUGAGCCCGCUUUUCUAGGGUGCCCUCCCUGCCACAGACAGCCCUGGCAGUGCUGUGCUCUGCUCUGUGUGUGCUGGCUGUCCAAGGCAGGUCCCUCUCAGCCAGGACUCCAGCUCGCUGCUCCCAGGCUGCUCAUGGAGUGCCUGCAUUUCUGCAGGGAGCCCCAGGCUUGGGCUGCUCCUGCCCAGCAGCAGGUGCUGCAGCAGCAGGCUUCUGCCCUGCUGGCAGACUGCAUUGGAGCAGUCAGGUUUUUUGGGAAAGUCGUCGUAUCCCUGUUCAAAGGUAUCCCCCUUGCAUGCUUGGCAGAAUAACACAGGCAGCAAAAUCCCACCUGUGAGCUUGCAGUGCCUUCUUGUUAAUGCUCCCUCCCCACCAGAACAAAGGUUUAGGAAAUAGAUGAAGUUCGGGGUGUUUAGCAUUAACCAGGCCUGGCACUGCUGUCUCUGGCAUUCAGUACUGGAUUGUGUAAGCAGGGAUGCUGUAAAUAAAAUAGCACUGAGUAUUUCAGAAGUAAUUUCCAUACCACGAAGCCUAUAAGAUACAAGAGAAAGCAGACCAGAAGGAGAGAGAAAAUGAGGCAGGGAUGUAAAAGAAAAGCACAGAGACCAGAUGAUAAAAAGGGAAGCAUGGUGAGAUAGUCUCUUUUUUACAGCAUGCAUGUAGUAACAUUGAAAAUCACAGGAUAGAAAAUCAGAAAUUUG